GUAGAAUUGGGUUUAAGUUUGGCAAUGGUGUUUUGUUUCGGGAAGCUUGGAGUCACCGGAAUAUAGCAAAAUAUUGCUCAGCAGCAUCAGGUUUCCAAUUAAGAUGGGGAGAGGAAAGAUCGAGAUAAAGAGGAUUGAGAACAAUACCAACCGACAAGUUACAUUCUGCAAGAGAAGGAAUGGGCUGCUGAAGAAGGCUUAUGAAUUGUCAGUACUUUGCGAUGCAGAGGUUGCACUCAUUGUCUUCUCCAGUCGAGGCCGUGUCUACGAGUUUGCUAACAACAACAUAAAAUCAACAAUAGAGAGAUACAAGAAGGCAACUGCAGAUACUUCCACUACAUGCCCCACGCCAGAGAUCAAUGCCCAAUUUUACCAGCAGGAAUCAGCAAAGCUGCACCAACAGAUUCAGAUGCUUCAGAACACUAACAGGAACUUAAUGGGUGAAGGAUUGGGCACUUUGAACAUGAAAGAGUUGAAGCAAUUGGAGAAUAGACUUGAAAGAGGCAUCACGAGAAUCAGAUCAAAGAAGCAUGAAAUGAUACUUGCAGAAACUGAAACUUUGCAGAAAAGGGAAAUGGAGCUGGAACAGGAAAAUGCAUUUCUCCGAGCCAAGAUAGCAGAAGAUGAAAGGCUCCAGCAACUAAGCAUGGUGCCUGGGCAAGAGUACAACGCCAUUCAGGCAUACCUGGCUCGCAAUGUGCUUCAAUUCAACAUUAUGGAAGCAGCUGGGCCGCCCACACCUUACCACCCACUCCCUGAGAAGAAGUCUCUCCAUCUUGGGUAAAUUGGGUGCAAAGCUGGAAGCUGGAGCUAAUGGUAUGCACCAUAUAUAUAAGCAUAAAUAAAACCAGAAAAUAAAAAAAAAAAACAAAAAAAAGAACUCCCACAUUUAACUUCCUUGAUUUGUCC